UUUCCACCGUCAGUCCAGCAUUCCCAUUCCUUUAAUGGCUUUAAUGAUGCCAUAUAUACGUGCCGUGUAAACAGACUGAAAGAAAAUAAAAGCAAGAACGCAAAAAUGAAUGAAAAUUUGCUGAGACGGAUCAAGAAACGGUUGAACGAAAAGUUUUAUGUGAUGAAUGAUGCGUGGUUAAGAGAUUGUAUUGAAUUCUUCAUUGCAGAUAAAGCUCCUCAUGAAAUAACAGAUGGGGACAUUUUAAAAUUUGUUGAAGGCCAGUGGCAACUGAGUGAUCUACGAGAGAUUAGCAAUGAGAAUGGAUGUCUCCCAAGAAAUCUGGUACAGCAGACAUGUACUGUUCUUCCAGAUACCUAUAUCCUGCAGGUAGACAAGAUGUAUGACAUAGCAAGUGCCAAAUAUAAGCAGCUCUGUGAAAUUCGCAAAAUUGAUGGUAAAAACUUGGAAGUAACAGAAGCAGAGAAGUCUGAAGAAGAAUGGCAACCUAAAGGCAGAAGAAUGAUGCAACUGUGCCUUACUGACGGAAUACAGGAUGUUACUGCAAUAGAAUACACUCCGAUCAAACAAAUAACCGGUACAUUACUUCCUGGUUAUAAGAUAAUGAUAAUUGGACCAAUUAACUGCAGGCGCGGUAUUAUUCUUUUAGAAAACGGCAAGUACAAGGAGAUCGGAGGAGAAGUGGAGUCUUUGUUGAAAUCCAAUGCGCUGGAAAACGUCUUAGCGAGAGCUUUAGAAGAACCUGAAAAUCCCGAUCCCUACAAUGAUAACGCAUCAUCCAGAAUAACAAAUCAGAAUGGCCAGAACACGGCACUUAAUUCUAAUAACGACAGUUUUUUUGAUGAUGAUUUUGAAGAAGUUAUUGACUUGGAAGAAGUGACAGUGAUUGAACGACGUAAAGAGGAAACCGAAAGUGUUCAAGAAAAUACUUGCAGUCAUGGACAAGUGACUAGAAAAGAAACAAAUGAAAUUACAGAAGAUACAUUGGAAGAUAUAGACUUUGAACCUUUAGAGAAUUGGCCCAGUGAGCCCUCAAUGAUAUCCUCUCGAGUAUUGCUGUCGCGAACAGAGACUGAGAAAAAUGAUAAACGGGAUAUAAUGAUAAUCGAAGAAGCGUCAACUUCUACACGCAAUUUUCACGACAAACAACCGUUAUCUACAAGUUCUAUUAAGAAUCAAAAUUUUUCUGAAUUUCCUGAUGAUGAUUUUGAUUUCGAUGAUUGCAACGUCAUAAUUAAAACGAAUGAAUUGCAGAGUCAACAAAAUGAAAAUUCUUUGAAGAAGAAAACUGAAAUGUAUCCCGUUUUCAAAGUACCUAGAUUAAAAUCUAAUUGUAGCGCGCUAUUGGAAGUUGAGAAAUGUACAGUCACGAAAGCGGCAGAAAGUGGAAAAUCAGUGGUGAAUACUUUAAGAGCAGUACAACAAGUGCCAAAAACUAUAACUAUUCCCAACUUUUUCGAGCCCCAAACAGUUCCCAAAACCUGUGAUGUCUUAAGCGACGUGUUACGCGAACCUAUUACAGGAAAAAUAUACAGGACAGUGAAAUGUCGAGUAAAAAACCUAGUUUCAAAACUAACGAAACAGGGUAAAUGCUGGUCGUUAACAGCAAUCAUCGCGGAUCACACUUCCAGUGUAGAAGUAUGCUUCAAUUCUAAGAUUCUGGAAGAAUUUCUCGGAUUCACUGUAGCAGAAUUUUUACAGAAAAAGAAACUUGCCAAAUUAGAUCCUCAAGUAAACAAUGAAUUACGAUUGAUAAAUGUCAAAUAGAGAGUAUGAUCUUCAUAAUUGAAACGAUAUCCAAAUAUGACCGGAAAGUGUAUCAAGAUACUUAAGGAGGCUAUACCAGUCGAAAACAGAUCUUCGUACUCAAUAAUUUUUUAGGUGAAUUUACAAGAUUCUCCAAAUUGCGCAGUAAUAUUUUUCGAAAUAAAUUUUUUACAACUGAAUAAAUCUGACUUCAUCAGUUUUCAUUUUUUCACAAAAAUUCGCAAGGUAGGUUUCGUUUUGAAUUAUCUAGAUGUAUAUACUCUUGUAAGAGAAAGAACAGUAUCUUUUUUAAAUCCGAAUUCUCUUUAGAGUUUACGCAAAGCGCAACAAGAAAUUCAGAAUCUGGAUGCGUUGUUGAAACUAGAAUUGGCUCAGGAUCAAAUGCCCGAAGUCAUUGAUAUUACGCUAUUGUCUGCGCAAGAAAAGGAAGAUCUUAUGAAGAGAGGUUUGCGCAAAUCGUAAGAAAAUAUAUAAACUGAAGGAGAAAGAUGUUUGAAAGAAACAACUUUUUAGAAUACAAAAAUAUUCGAUAAACAUUGUGAUAAAAAUAAAAUAGUGCUGCAAUUAAAAAAUAAAGAAUAAUUGCAAGUAACUGUAAUUUUAAGUUAGAUAAAUGUCGUAUUAAAUUAUAGAAUAUUUUUGUACAGUUUAUAAUACUAUUUUUCAUAAAUAAAACAAUUCAACAAUCGACA